AUUGUUUAUUAUUUAUUGGUCAGUUAUUGAACUCGUAUUUUCUGAGCACAAUCAAAAUAUAUUUGUGGAGCGAUAUAAAUAUUGUAAUUCGGAUUUAUUUCGAUUAAAAAUAAAUAGUAUUCUAUAUAAUCAUCGUACCAAAGCAAUAUCGACUAGCAACGUGAUGUGUAAAGUGUGAAAAAUCAGCAGAACAAUCUGUGACAAUGAGCAAAGAAGCACGAAUUUCUCCGUACGAAAUGGCGCGAUAUCGCGAACGGUUAAGGAACCAAAAAGAAUUUCUGACUGACAUGCUAUCCAAAAUUGAGAAGCAAAUACUUGCUUUACAGGUUGAACGAUUACAUUUGAGGAACACUCUACUUGGAUCAGAAUAUUCAGGACAAGAAAUAUUACCAGAUGCAUCAAUAAAAAAUAACUGUGUGAAAAUUGAGCCAGUAGUAGACGAUUCAAAAAAUCUAACAGAACAAUUAGAUUUAUCUGUAGCACCAUCCAUAAAUAAUUUCGAAGAAGAAACUGAAGAUGAUGAAUUUAUCUGUUGAUCUGAUGUCUUAAAUAGAUGCUAGAAAUUUAAUUUGUGA